CGCGAAGUACAGAAAUGGCUUAACGUCGUUGAUCCUGCCACAAAUUUUUCAUCUGCACUUGCUGUUCGUGAACCCGGUACGGGGAAUUGGCUGCUGGAGGGACGCGAUUAUAUGGACUGGAAGGAAGGUCGUGGGGGCGUUUUCUGGCUUCAUGGAAUACGUAAGUCUAUGGAUGAGUGAAAUCUUAUGCUCUAAGGAAUAUUAUUAACAUUUCUGUCUAUAUAGCUGGAUGCGGCAAGAGUGUCCUCAG